AUGGCUAGCGGUGCGCAAUCCACCGGCUCGACCAAGGUCGACGCCGUCGUCCAGAAUGUUCAGGCUGCCGAGCCCGCCAAGCUGUCCGGCGUCGCCCUCUACUCCCGAUUCGCCCUGUCCGGCGCCGUCUGCUGUUCCGUCACCCACGGCGCCCUGACUCCCGUCGACGUCGUCAAGACGCGCAUCCAGCUCGACCCCCAGACCUACAACCGCGGCAUGAUCGGUGCUUUCCGUCAGGUCAUCCAGAACGAGGGCGCCGGCGCUCUUCUCACCGGCGUCGGCCCUACCUUUGCCGGCUACUUCCUGCAGGGCGCCUUCAAGUUUGGCGGAUACGAGUUCUUCAAGCAGCAGUGCAUCAACCAGUUCGGCUACGAGACCGCCUCCAACAACCGCACCGCUGUCUACCUCGCCUCCUCCGCCGCCGCCGAGUUCUUCGCCGACAUCGCCCUGUGCCCCCUCGAGGCCACCCGCAUCCGUCUCGUCUCGGAGCCGACGUACGCCAACGGCCUCGUCGGCGGAUUCUCCAAGAUGCUCAAGAACGAGGGUAUCGGUGCCUUCUACGCCGGUUUCGGACCCAUCCUGUUCAAGCAGAUUCCCUACACCAUGUCCAAGUUUGUCGUGUACGAAAAGGUCGCCGAGGCCGUCUACCGCGUCUUCCCCAAGAACACGCUGUCCGACGGACAGCAGACCAUGGUCAACUUGGGCUCCGGUCUCAUGGCCGGUUUCGCCGCCGCCAUCGUCUCCCAGCCCGCCGACACCAUGCUCUCCAAGAUCAACAAGACCAAGGGCCUCCCCGGUGAAGGCACCACCUCGCGCCUCAUCAAGAUCGCCAAGGAGCUCGGUUUCCGCGGCUCGUACGGCGGCAUCGGCGCUCGUCUCUUCAUGGUCGGUACCCUGACCGCUGGUCAGUUCGCCAUCUAUGGCGACCUGAAGAAGGCCCUCGGCGCCACCGGUGGUGUCGAGAUUGCCAAAUAA